UAUUAGAUCACACCCGAAAUUACGAAAGGAUUUGUUUACUUCAGUUUUUAGCGUCGUAUAUUUUUAACAAUUCUGAUAACGUUUUAAAUGGUCUUGCUAUGAUGUAUGAGUAGUCACCAAGAUCUCAAUUGUAAAUUUUUACCUUGUAUGCAACUUCUGUUAUCAAAACCACAUGUUUAUGGAGGUUGGAGACUAUUUAGUGUCAAAUACAUUGUCAUUGCACAUGUGUGUAGUAUAAAACUAUCGCUAUGGAUUUGAAGAGUCCUGCCACCCCCAGAAGAGUUUAUUACCUCUCAAAUAUAUGUGUAAUUUGUGGUUUUUCAUUUAUCCAGACUGACAUUACCCCAUCUGGCCACAAAGUUGAGAAAAAGCUAACAAACCAUAAACUCAAAUUGACAAGAGAAAGGGUAGACAAUAUUAAGAAGGUUAUUGAGGUAUUUGAACAUGAACAUGAACAAGUAAAUGGUGUAUGUAAAAAAUGUUAUAGACAUAUUGAGAAAGUGCUCAAACUGCAGGAAGAGUUGGGUUCGUUGCAGAAAGACUUAAAUGACACUAGAAGUGGUGUACGCAUGACCUACAACUUGACGUGUUCAAAAACAAAGUCGGAAAGUAAAAGACAAAGUUAUGAAAAACGACUAUUGAGGUCACCACUGUCACAACAGCCAAGUAAACAACAAAGGACAGACUUUCCAACUGCUGUGUCAGUGGUUACAAUGAUGACACUGCCAACCUUUCCUCAGAUUCUCAGUGGAAGACAGACGGACCAUACAGUGGCUGAAAUAGUUCCAACACCAAAAAAAACAAGAAGAUCGCUGUCAUUUACUAGUCCGCCAAAGACUACUGCAUCACAGGAGGAACAGAAACAUGAGCAAAGCAGUCUUGUGGGAGAAGUUGAGGUCUACAUACAUGUACAGAACUUGUUUUUAACAUAAAUGAACAUUACACUUUGAAAUGUGGUUGGAUUUACAUGACUUUUCAUUUGACUGCAGUAAAUCUUAUUGCAGAAAACAGAUGACAGUGUAUUACCCCAGUGGGAAAAGGACCGCUUUUGUACCAGAAAUUAGACACAGAAAUAUUUGCAGGGCUAUUCAUAGAGGACAAAAUGUUGAAAAAUGUAUUAUAGACAUGAUAAGUAAAUCCCAUCCAGAAACUUUGACCUCUGCUACAUCCAAUAUUAUUUCCGCUGAAUGUGAAGCCAUUUGCAAACGGGGAUCUGGUUCUAUUUUACAAGAUAGAUCCUACUCUGGAAUAUUUAACUUUCAUUGGGAUAAAUUUCAUGAUGAAAUACAACUUAAAGCACCACAGACAUUGAAAGUAAUAUCUUCAGCUUUAAACAAUAUACCAAUAGCACCAGGAGAGAAAAAGUAUACAACACUAAUGCACAUUAUUUCAAUGGCACUGCAUGGAAGGAACCAAGAGAUGUCCUCUAUUCAUUAUCAAAUUGGAUUCAUUCUGACACAUGGUGCCUGCAAACAAAGGGACAUUGAACGCUUGGCAAAGUUGGGCUUAACUGUAAACCCCAGAUCUGUUCAAAAUAAGCUAUCAUCUUGGGAAGAUUUUUUAGACACAGAUUUGGUUCAGUUAAAAGAGGAGUGGAAAGAAGGUGUUGGUGUCAAGUACCAAAUGAUUGGUGACAAUUGGGACAAGAAUAUUUUACCAUCUUACAGGACUUCCCAAGAUAAAACGCUAUCUCUGCACCUGUUUCAAGUUAUUGCAGUUGUAGAUAGAAUUGUUCCAGAAAAUAAAACCGUUGUUGAAGAAGAGGUACAACUGAAUCAUGCUGAUUUUAUACCAUCAAUAUCAGAACAAGAGCAAUUGAAGAAAGAGCUCUCCUUUCUCGUAGCAACAUCAGUAAUUCAAAAUAUUGAUCAAAUGAAAACUAAGUUUGAAUCUAUUUUCCCAUCACACUUAGAGCAUGAUUACAGUGAUUCAUCUGGAAUCAAAACAAAACAGUUUCCUUUGGGCUUAUUUGACUGCAAUGAAAACAAGACCCAACAGGUGAUCAGACUUCUUAAGCAGUUGACUGAAAAGUAUGUGCCACUAAAAGACAAUGGAGAAGUGAUUGAUGAAGUUUUCUUUGGAGGAGACAGAUUAACAGACGAAAGAAUCCAGUCAGCUCAGCAAGCCAUGUCAAAUGGUGAUACUCCAAAAGAGAAACUGCAAGGUUUCAUUUCCAAAAUUGAAGACUGGCAUAGAAUGAUGAAUUUUUUGGAGGCAAUAUGUAAACUCACAUACGCCCAAUCAACGAUGGAUAGAGGUACAGCCUGUUAUUUUAGAAAUUUUCUGAAUCUUAGGAACGUCAAAGCUGAGGUUAAAAAUGCUUUUCGAGCAUAUAAACUGUUGUACUAUACAAUAUUUGAUGCCUGCUGUUGUAUUUUAUUCAUGAAACAAUUCAAUACACAUGACUUAGAGGGAGUUAUAGAAAUGCCAUCUGACUUCAAAGAAAGGAACAGUGAACAAAAGGUCCAGUGGUUAUUGAAUGUAUGUUCCAGUAUUGUUGAGGAGUGGUUUUUUGAAAAUACUGAUAUGUUUCAGGAGCUCAGAGAAAUUUUGGAGGAUCCUGAUCACCCAGAGAAUUAUUGGGUUCUGAAUGAAGAGGGAAGAUUUCCCUGUCAUUAUUGUAUAAAAACUUACUCUCAUGUUGGAAGUCUAAAAACACAUGAACGAAUUUGUCAUCAGCACAAUGGACCAAAAAUUGAAAAGAAAAAGAAAGCAAAGACUUCGGCAAAUGAUGAUCAGCUAUUUAACUACAUUAUUCUGUUAUUUAAAUUAACUGGACUUCUCAAAAAUUUAGAUACCGCUAUUGAUAUGGCAGAUGGAAGAAGAUCUGUGAGGUCAGCAAAAUAUGAACUUCCAAUUUUCAAUACAACAAAUAAAUUAAAAUAUGUCAUUGGUUGCAUUCAUUUAACUGCUCUUUCAGAAGAAACUCUAUCACCAGAACAAAGAGAUAGACUGAUAUUAAACAGAACAGUUAACCUUCAAGGGGGAAAGAACAAUAACCUUGCUCUGGACGAAUAUGUUGAAAUGCUGAACAGAGAUAGUAAGGACAUAGUUACAGGUCACCAAACAAAGGAAAGCAUUAUUGCACACUCAAAACAAUAUCCACAUUUGAUAAACUACAUCAAACACUUUGAUAUAAUAUCAGAAAUCCGACAACGAAAAGGAUUCCACAAAUUACCACAAUAUAAAGCAGACGUAAUGAAGGUAGCAAAAGAACUGAUAGAGAUAAGGGCUUUUGAACAUACACCAAAACGAAAAUUUGUGUGUAAAGACUUGUCCACCGAAAGAAAUCCAUUCAUUAAUUCCUACAGAGGCUUAUCAACCAUGAUAAACAGACACAAACCAAAAGAACCUUUUAGCCGUUUAAGAGACAAACAUCAAUAGGACAGUUGCCUGCAUUAAAUGAUAAUUGUGAUCUGUAUUCAUCAUUGUUCAUGAAUUAACUUCUUUUUCAAGUUAAUACUUAUAUUAUUAUCUGAUUUAUUAUGUAAACAUAUUUAAAUGUCUUUAAAAAAGUUCUACACUUGUAUGUCCAUUUGGUGUCUCGACGCUUUUUUUUAUGUCCAACUGUUAGUAGUCCAUGGUGUAAAGUUCUAACCUAGUUUAAUUUCCAUUUCAAAAUAUUUUUUUGUUGUUUAUGAAACAAGACUCUUAACCUGCUAUUCACACCUAGCAUAGAAUGCUAAUUUUAGUUCUUCUUCUGACAUUGCAGAAGUGAUGAGACAUUUUUAAGGAUGGUUAAAAACUUGAUGAUAUUUUCUUCUUUGCAACCUGAGGAUAAUUGUUGAUAUUAAAGCUAAAUACCUGAUUGCAUCAGCUGGAUUGCAUACAUGUACUAUUUUCCUAACCCAUGUAAAAGGGGCCAGCUGAAGGACGCCUCCGGGUGCGGGAAUUUCUCGCUACAUUGAAGACCUGUUGGUGACCUUCUGCUGUUGUUUUUUUUUACUUGGUUGGGUUGUUGAUUCUUUGACACAUUCCCCAUUUCCAUUCUCAAUUUUAAGAAUAUAUAAAAAUUAAAAGAUUUGUAUGAUUGCCAAUGAAAACUCGCCAUUAUACCAAAUAACAUAGAGGUUAAAACAACAAUGUCAUUGUAUGACCUUCAUCAAUGAGCAAAAAAUGAAAAGGCAUUAUCAGCUAUAUAUACUAGCAUGUAUAAAUUAUGUCCCACAUGCACCUUUUGAAUAAUUUUGGUACUUUUCCUUGUCCUUGUAUCCAAUUGCAAAUUAGUUGUUGGGGAUAUUUAAUAUUCCUAAAACAUGUAUAGAUUAUUUAUGUUUCCCUCAUUGCUGUUGAUUCAUUUAUUUUCUAGGUACAUUGAUUAAACACUCAAAUUUAAUGGUUAAUCUUAAACCAUAAAUUGACUGAUUAUGUUGGGAAUUUUGUAAAAUAUGGUAAUCCACUAAAAAAUUUCAGUGUGCCUGUUGCAAGUCAGGAUUUCCAAUGUUAGAUGGAGGGAGGGUUUAGUUUCUGAAACGGAAUUAACUUUUUUUUUACGUGAAUUGCCACUGUUUUCUUCCUUGUCUUUCAGUCUGUGGUUGAUUGAUGUCUCAUUUGCAGUUAUACCACAUGUAUUUAUUUUUAUUUAUUUGUGCACCUCACAAUCACUUAGAUUCAUUUUUUGAAUAAAGUUGACCUGUGACAAGUAUCUGAGACAACAACACAUAAAUUUAAUAAAUGAUCAUAUAUAUAUAUUUGUUUAUUAUACAUGUUUAAUAUAGUGCAACUUGAUU